ACGACUAACUUCAUUGAAGUACAAAAGUCUAGUCCCGACUGUGCCUCACGCCUUCGGUGGUCGGCACAAAACGAACAACGAGCUCACGAGGGCCGGAGAGACGGAGAGAAAUGGCGAGGAAACUCUAUGUUCUUACUGCGCUAUUUCUUCUGAUCUUCUUAUCAUCCUUCGUUCCCUUGUCCAUAGCUUCUCCCAAGAAGAAGGCGCCCCCCUCUGCGGCAAGGAAGGAGGACAUCCAGUACAUCAAGUGCCAAGUUUGUGAGAAGAUCGCUCAACAGAUCUACAACCAGGUUAAGGGAAAGGAAUCCAAGAUCUCGCCGAAGAAGAUAUCCGAAUACGAGGUGAUUGAGAUAGCGGAGAAUGUUUGUAAUCUGAAGAAAGCGGAAGCGGACUGGAUUCUUCAGAUCGACAUCGUGGAGAAAGGGGAUAAAUUAGAGCUUGUGGAGCAGGGAGUAGAAGGGCAAUGUAAUUCUGAGUGCAAAACAAUUGAGCGAGCAUGUCAAGAGAUCUUGGGAUACUCUGAUACGGAUGUUGCUGAGUAUGUAUUUAGUUCCAAGCCUUCUCUUGAUUCACUGGUCAAUUUUCUUUGCAAUGAUCUUUCCAAAGCAUGUGUUGUUAAGGCACCCCCUGUUCCAAAGGCUAGAGUGCCAGGAGAACCAUUUGUUGCGAAGCCCACUAAAGAUGCUGAAAUGGAAAAGAUUUUAAGAUCUAUGGAGGGCAUGCCAGGAGCACCUGGCAUGAAGAUGUAUUCUAGAGAUGAUCUAAUGAACAACAAAUUUGGUGACGAAGAUAAUGAUGAUGAUGAUGAUAGUGAAGACGACUUUGGCAAAAAUUUGAAAAAGGCUCUCAGUCAGAAAACUACUCCAAAGUAUGAUAUCAAGGAGAAGAUACUGCGAGGAAUUAAAGUAACUAGAAACACGAUAAAGGGACAUGUAAACAAGGCCUUGAAGAAAAUUAGAAACUGGUGGAAGAGAAGGAAAGCAGCUUCCAAAUCCUCAAAGUCUAGCAAAAAGGAGCUCUGAGUUCAAAUAAACAGGUUAUCGUGAUCAAUAUGUUAUCCCCUUCAUGAUGAGAUUUCUUAGUUCUCCUUUUUUUUCAACCUUUAACUAACCUAAACAUACGAAGUCGUCGCGGUAAAUUUUUGUUUUUACAUUAUUGUGAAAGAUGGGCAGUACUCUAUAAUUCUGAGCUUUUCCUAUACUUUCCAUUUCUCCUAGAUAUUGCAAGCUAUCUAGUUUGAAGCAUUUGUAGUAGUUAGAUAAAAAGAGUAGGAGCAUUGAGACAUUUCUUACAAUAAAUUCCAUCAGUUAGCCUAUAUGAGACUAGUCUGAAGGUGACUUGAUAGCUGCGUACAUUUUUUCUUAAAAGGGAUUCUCCAACCACUUAAUUCUGCACGUUGUUAGCAUAUCUUAAACUAUUUGUCGUAUAAAGUAACUCUUCUCCUUUUAAAUCUAACAUGUCAAAUGACAAAUGUAUUUAAAUAGGUUGGUUUUAUGGA